CUCAAAGGUACUUCCUGUAAUUGUGUUGGUAUGGAAAAUGAAGAUGAUUGUUAAGGAUACAUUCGAAUUCGUUGAGCAAAAGUCAUAUUUGGAAGAUCAAGAAAAUACAGAUGAUCAGCUUCAAAAUUUACAAAAAGUUUGCGAAUCAUUUCCUUCACGGAAAAAAAUAAUUCAAUCGAUUGUUUCUGAUUCUCUAAGCUCAAAUAAAAAAGCCUAG